UGUCAUAGCCAAGGGGCUAGCCUAGUGUUCAGGAUUGCCCCGAUUCCAACCCAAAGUUGUUUUGAUAGAAUGGGAUCUUAAAGCUAAAUAUGCUACCAGUUUCUCCUUCUAGGAUGUGGGGUUGAUGGUGAUUGGUGAGGGAAUGGUCGAGUUUGUGGGGUGCCUGUCUAUACACACCGAAGAACUCGGGCAACUUCACAGUCCCCUAUAUUUUAUGACUCACACACAUGGCCAUCUCAAAGACCGUCUACUGAGUCAGCUUCGCUGAUGCCUGCCUCGUGCCUCGCUUCCCUGUCCCCACCACUGGAGGUGACCUUCAGGAUUCUUUCUGCACGAGGCUUUCACGCGCGCAGGCUUGGAAUCAAUCGGCCCGUGGCCACGGUUCCUAGCGGUUCCGCGGCUGCCAGCACUGACCCGUGGCAAGAGGAGGUCGCAAUGGCCGAGCCAACCGUUGUCAUAGCCCCCACCACAGUACCAAGAGAAGACCUGGGACAUGGGGAGCCGCUCCUCAUGACUGCGAAACAAGUCAAGAAGACGCCAGGUCUUGAGAGAGAAGGAUGGUGGAGGCUCACAAUAACGGAUACUCCGAUACCUGGUACUUACCAUUUCAGGACUUUUACUGAAGAAGCCCUAUUAAACCCAGUGAAAAUAACCUACAACUUUAAAAACGAAGGGAGGAAAAAGCUCCCUCUUGUGCUGAGAAACGAUCCGGUCCCAACUGACCUCCCACAGUACAGUCCUCCUGACUUCUUGGAGCUGCUGAAGAAGCAGACGGCCUCAUACUCUUUCAAGGACAAACCCCGGGCAGACCCCAGCACACUAGUUGACAAAGAUGAGUCACUCCAUCUUUGCCCGGGACAGUACGAGGUACUUCCAGCACCGGUUCCCAAGAGCCCAGCCAGGAGCUUCGUAUUUCGCUCUUCAGUUCAAAGAUUCCCACCAAAUUAUUUCACUCCUGGAAGAACCAGGGCCCAGUCAGAGUCGUUUGGACUUUUCCAUGAGUCAGGUCAGUUACCAGUUUUCAUUUAUCUAUCUUUGCAAUGCAGCAAUUAUCCCAAGAGUGGGACGAACACUGUGCCCUCUCCAGGUUUAUCCCCUAGGCCCUGUCCUGUCUUGUCUACUGUGACCUCCUCUCUCACUGCUUCCAGCACGGACCCUUCCUCCAGCUGUCUUGCCUUGCAAAUGGCUCCUCUUCCUCCUGUCCAUCUCAGCUCAGGUGUAGCUCGCUUUCCAAGGGACUUCUUGGGUGCCCUGGGACUACAUCAGUGUGCCCUCUCAUUACAUCUGUCCCUUUGGGUGGCAUGUACAGUACAUAGAAUAUUUAAUAUUUUUCUGAUGUUUCCCCACUAAAAUAUAAGCCAUGAAAAAAUAUGUUUUUCUUGUCAACUAGGACUCAGUUCUCCCAAUGGAACAGCAGUGAGUUGUUGCUGUUGUUGUUUUGGGUUUGUUGUUUUUUUCGACACAGGGUUUCUCUGUGUAGCCAUGGCUAUCUUGGAACUCACUCUGUAGAUCAGGCUGGCCUUGAACUUAGAACUCUGCCUGUCUCUGCCUCCUGAGGGCUAGCGUUGAAGGUAUGAGUCACUGCCCAGCUGGAACAGUGGUUUUCAGUCCCAGUAUUUAAAAGAAGGUGGGGUUUAUUUUAAUGUUGUAAAAGGCUGAGUGUGACUUCUGUUUUCAGAGCCGUGGAGGGCAGAGGGCACGAGGUCAGCUGGCAGAGGGAGGGCGGGAGAAUGCGGUGUGUCCUCCUCCUGAGGAUGCUUCUUGAAACCGCACAGCUCAGCGACUUCCAGCUUUUCAUCCUAAUGUGACUCAUGUGGUUGCGCUUAGAUAUACCCACGAGGACAGGAGAUUGCGCUUUUAUUCUGGGUACACACGCCCUCAACCCAAAAUUGUCCUAAUGCCCCCAGAUAGAAGACCAGACAUUGGGAGACCAUCAUUACCAGCUACGUUCCAUCCCGUUGCCUGGAACAUGGCAUGUUGGUUGAAAAAUUUAACUAGAGGAACACUUCCGAUUUUGUUUUCUUGGCUUCUGUAAAGCAAAAAAAGAAUGGCACAGCUGGGUGUUUGUUAUACCCAGUGAGAGGGAAUUCAGCAGUCCUGGGUCAAGUGGUUGCUUCGCUGGUUUCUUCUAGGUGUGAGGCGACCUUCAGUCUGUCUGUUGUGCGGCUUGCUGGGAUGUCUUGGCAUCCUUUGUACUAUAAAUAUUUCUCUCCUUUUGUCUUCAUAUGGUGUUUUCUCCCUCUCCCUCUGGUGUGCAUGCAUGUGUGUGUGUCCAAAUGUCUCCUUUUCAGCCAAGAGAACACCAGCCACAUUGGACAUGUGCCCACUGAGAUGACAAGACCUCAAUGUGAAUUAGACCCUGUGUCCAAGUAAAGCCAUAUCCCGAGGUCCUGGCAGUUUAGAAUCCACUGGAUUAAAGCAUGUUUGAGCUGUAUGUGAGGUAGCAUGCACCACUCAACGCAAUCAGGCACAACGUGAGUUCACUGGCUAUGUGAGUGUCGGGGUGGAGACGCAACUCAACCGAAUACUCAGGAUGCUGUGCUCUGGGCCACGCAGGCUCGCUGAGUGGCUUCCACAAGUUGCCCCAGCUUCUUAGCAGGAACAACGGAGCUCUUGGGGGAGUCUAGGGGGUCACUAAAGGCCUGCCGUUUCUAUCCUCUCAUUGGCCAUUCCAAGUCAGAACCAAAUAAGUCAAACUUCAAGGUCAGCAACCCAGGAAAAUGCACAGAGCCCCUGCACGCUGAGUCUUUUCAGCAGCAUGGUUUCCUACGCAGGCUGGGCUCUGCCACGUCCUCCCCCACGGGUGAGCUGCCCUGAGCUCAGUCCAGAUCAGAUCGUACUUCAUUGACUGCGGCCCCUCCCACAGCUCCCUCUGGUAAAAGCGACUCAUACUAGCCACCGAAGGGAGAAGGUCCAUCCUGUUAUCAUCCGGAGGGUGGAGUCGGAAGCCUCCCUGCCAAGCAGAGAGAUGUUCAUCGUGAAAUGUUUCCUGUGGUUUCUGCUGACCCCAAGCGCUGGGAUUCAAGCCAGGUGGCAACUCUGUCCUCCCCUGGGGCCAAGUGUCAAUAGCCUAUUGUGCUGUCUAGUUUUCUGUCAACUUGACACAAACUAGAGUUAUCUGGAAGGAGGGAGCCUCAACUGAGAAAAGGACUCCAUCAGAUCCUACUGGAGGGAGUUUUCUUAGUUAGUGAUCAGUGUGGGAGGGCUCAGCACAUAGUGGGUGAGGCCAGCCCUGGGUAGGUGGUCCUGGGUUCUAUAAGAAAGCAGACCAUGGAGAGCAAGC